AGCAAUUGUUUGUGUCAACACCGGGUCAAACUGUUGUUUUGAUUGUCUCUCGUAAUGUCUCGAAUUACUUGAUGGAAUCAAAUGACUUGAUGAGAAAAUAAAAUCUCCUGUCAUGUAGCGGCUCAUAUGAUGAUGGAUUACUUGCGACUUUUCUGGUCGAUAUUAUCAGCUAUCACGUGGAUAUUUACCAUGAUGCAACACUCCGGCGGUCAGCGUAUACCGCACAAGAUGGAGAACGCGACAACACCAUCUCUGCUCCUGUCAUCCUUGGUACCCGCACGCCAGGGCAGGCUCACGGGCCCAGACACCACCCAACACCGUGGAGACACCCGACCUAAACACCACAGCAAGUCGGAAUGUUGCGAGAACGGUGGCAUUUGUGUGAUGGGUGUCUUUUGCUACUGCCCUGACAAAUUUCAAGGCUUUAGGUGUGAACUAGAGGUCAAGUCAUGUGGACCUGUGGAGCAUGGCCAGUGGGUCAAGCUAGGCUGUAACCUGUGCCGCUGUUUUUAUGGGAAGAUUCUCUGUCUGGACAGGGUGUAUGGAGGAUGUGAAAACAAGCCUGUUAAGGAAGAAAUCAAGAUUGAGGACUACCAAGAUGACAUGACCAUCUUCCCCAAUGACGAGACCACCCCAACAGCCGCAGAUGGGGAGUACUACGACGACUACUACAGAGGUGAUGAGGAUCCUGAUUAUAAUAGUAAAGCUAGCACCAAUGGGGUUAAUAAUUCCAGACUUUCAUGCAACUCAUUGAGGACUUUCUUACAUGCGCCAGUUUGGCUUGUUGUGCUGUGGAUAAGUUUUAUACUGCUGGAUCUGUUGUUGUGAGAUUUCUUUUCAAGGAUAUUUUCCAUAUUUAUGGAAUCUGUGCUGUUUUGCUGUUGUGAGGAUAAAAGUUGUUUUGCUGUGAGCUGUUGGGCUGUUUGGUAAAGUGUUUGGACAUGAAAACUAGACCAGUGUGCAGGAUCUUAAGGAAAGAGUACAAUUGUUUUGGAGUGUGAGAAAUGUGUUGAAACUUAAUAAGUGCAUAGGAAUUUGUGGAAAUUGUGACAGUUUCAUUGAAAUGUAAGAAUGGUGUUGAAAUUGACAAUUGCAUAGGACCUUCCAAAAUUGUCACAAUUGCAUUGAAACUUAAGAAUGUGUGUUGAAAUUAACAAGUGUAAAGGACCUUGUAAAAUUGUGGCAAUAGUAUUGUAACUAAAGAAAUUGACUUGAAAAGCGUAAAGGACCUUGUAAAAUUGUGCUGUGGUGUUGAAACUAUUCAGGCUAACCAUCUGGAGGCAAUAAAUAAUCUAGUCCUGUAGCUGUUUAUAUAGGAGCAGAGUUGGAAUCAGUUGGAUGGUAAUUGUUGAACUUUUCUCAAAUUAUUUUAGCUGAUGUUGUAUUAUAUUGUUUCCUAUAGGACAUUAUUCCUGAUUGUAUUAUUUGACAAUGAAAGCUCAAAUGCUUUAUAUUGUAAAAUAAGUCCUGAGUUUGGAUCUGAUAUAUUUAAUUAUUUGCUGUAUGUAGCUGCAUAAUUUUAUGUCAUUCAAAGUUAUACUAUUUUAUUCUUUUGAAACUGGAACCAAAAUAUUUGGUUGUAUAAAAAAUUGGAGCCAAAAUAUCAGCCACUUUCUGCUUUGUGUGAUACUCGAUAUGCUGCUUUCAUACUGUUUAUAAACCUGACACUAAUACACAACUAGAGUUUGUGCAGUCAAUUUUUAUUAAACCACUUUUUUAAAAACUUUUUCUUUGGCGUUUGGACAAUGCAUAAUAAUUUUUUUUUUAUAUUUCUAUAUUUAAUAUGAUGUUGAUUUUACUGAUACUAAUAUUUAUUGUUAUUCAUGCUGCAUUAUAAUAUAACUGACUUGAAGCAGAGUAUGCACAACAGGCAUUAUACAUAUAUAUUUAGCCAGCAUCUGUGCUAUAGAAUUACUAGUCACUAAAUAUUAUUCACAUUCCCUCAUGAGUUGUUUGUUUGUUUGAAAUCUACUUGUGUUAUAUUUCAUAUGGAAUAGACUUUUUCAUUAUAAUCAAUUUUUUUUUAACUGAUUUCCCCCUCUUAUUUUGUUUCCAUUAU